AUGCCCUGGCGCUGCUGUAAGGGAUGCGGGAUGCGAAGCUGGAGCCGGAAGUCCUCGGAGGAAGAGGAGGAGGAGGAUAUUAAGGAUGUAGCUGGCACGUGCGAAGAAGACGAACCGUGGCAGGGGGCUCAGCGAGAUUGGCAGGGCGAAGCUGGAGCCCGACGUUCCUACGCUAAUGCGCUUCGACCAGCGCGUGCGAGAGAGGCGAGCAGUGGCAGCAGAUCUUCUCAGCCUCCUCAAACUGAUGAUGAAGAUGAUGAUGAUGAUGAUCAUGAUGAUGGUGGCGGUGGUGAUGGUUAUGAUGAGGAGGAUGAUAAUGACCAGUACGAUGUAGCUGGCGCGUGUGGGGAAGGCGAGCGGUGGCUCAGGGCUCUGUCACUGCUCAGCGAGAUUGGCGGGGCGAAGCUGGAACCCGACGUCAUCAGUUAA